AGGCGCAGUGUUAUCGUUAGCUGUCGAUGGUAAACAAAGCGGCAAUAGUUGGUCGAGAGAUGGCAUAAUUAUAUUUAGGCACAAUUAAAUUACCAAAUCAAGUCCCGCUCCAGUAAGUGCUCUUAGGUCCAUACGCACCAGACACUGGCAGCGUAAAGUUAAACGACAACAAGUACUCCAUGUGAGCCUCACAUGGAAAGGCUAUUUGAAGCGGAUCGCUUGGAUUGCCAGCGUGCGCUGCAAGAACCGCAGCGAGCGCGUGUUAUUCCAGCCUCGGAAAACUUUAUGUCGCUGCAAUGGCUACUGGAGAGUCAACAACUGCCGAUGGAUAACAAUGCAACAGCUGCAGAGCAACCUUGGAAUUCUGGUAUUGCGGAUACAUUACAGGAUUUUUGUUUAGAAUCGGAGAAGGAAGCUGGGCAAAGCUCUAAACAAGUAGAGCAGAUAUCAAAGUGUUCCCCUACUAAUAUUGUGGAGCAGAUUCUACGGGAUUUCUGCUCCUCGCCUAGUUAUUUAGAUGAUGCUUCCCCCAAAUAUAAUACGCAUCCCGAUUUUCGUUUCUACAACAAACAAAUUCGCACUUAUAGUCGACCAAGUAAAAAACAAGUAAAUGUAGUCCUAGACGAUGACGAAGAACGCCUGAGUUGCUCUUCGGGAUUGUCAAUGCAAGAAGAUUUCAUCACACAGAUGCCAACGACAAAACAUUGUGAUUUCGAUGCAAAUAGCUCGCAGUUGAUAUGUGAAAACCUCCUGAAUUUAAGUGCAUUUUUCACACAAAACCAAGUACAAAGUUGUAGUAGCAUUGAUCUGCCUAAGGAUGAAGGACAAGCGGCAGCAAUGAUCAUGGAAGAGCCUCAAGAUGCUGAGGAUAUACUUAAAGACAAUGGCUAUUGCAUUGGCAACACGGAGGAGUGCAGAUUGCUGGAUGACAACGAUGCUGUUAGAGUAGAAGCAACUGUAGAAUGUAGUCUAUUUGAUGGCAGCGCACGCUUGGAAACGACUCGCAAAGUUACCAAUUUGUUGCCAAAUGUUAAUGGAGUCAAUCAAGAAGAUGCGAAAGAAACCUGUAAUAACGAAUUCCUAGAUGACAUUCCGUUCAGCGAAUGGCAACCAAUCGAAUUGCCAAAUACAUCAGUCGAGUUGCCCAAACCUGCUGCUAAACAUAUGGAUUUUAACGUCUGUGAUCAGUUAGAGGAGAUUCCUAUCAGCGAAUGGCAACCUAUGUUUAUACCAGAGACUGCCUCCCAAAAGCCAAACGAAGCUUCAGAGGAGCAACUAAAUUCUAGUCAAGAAUUUAAAGUGACUCCUGGUGUGAUUGAAUUUCGCACUGCAUCCAAUAAAACUGUUGAAUUGACGGAGGAAAUGCGCAAAAAAGCUGCGAUGCUAAUGGCUGACUUAAAGUGUCCAGAAGAAACAGAACAUCCUAACAAUCAAGCGGAGACGUUUCCAGCAUUUAAAACCGCAUCUAAUAAAACUCUUAAAAUGACUGCAGAGAUGGAGAAAAGAGCAGCAAUGUUAAUGGCAGACUUGAGUGCGUUGCAAGACGAACCAAAGGUUGAGAAUCAGCUAGAGACCAUGUCAGGAUUUCGCACGGCGUCCAACAAAAUGCUAAAGUUAACUGAAGAGAUGCAAAAAAAAGCAUCAAUGUUGAUGGCAGAUAUAAAUUGUAAUAAUUCACAAAUCCCAACCGCAUCAAAUACUAACAACAAAAGAAGAUUGGGAGCAAUGGAUACGAAAAUUGAGAACAUUAAAAAGGAAACCCUCGAUAAGAUACCCUUAAGUCAAUGGCAACCUAUGGAAUUGAAUUUAGUACAGAAAAUUGAAAUUGCACAGCAAACUAAUGAUGUCAGCAGUCAGCUAGACAUGAUUCCGUUGAGUGAAUGGCAACAUGUAGACCUUGCAGAUUCUGUUGAAUUUCGCACAGCCUCCAACAAGUUAAUCGAAGUGUCAGACGAGCAUCAACAAAAGGCCUCCACAUUAAUGGCUACUGUGGCGACGGAGCUAAGUGAAAUCUGUGAUAGAAAUGCGCCUGCUGUGCAAGUGCAUCUUGAGCAAGUGCAGUUUCGAACGGCAUCCAAUAAGGCACUGGAGGUAACAGAAGAGAUGCGACAGAGAGCGGCAAUGCUUAUGGCUGAUUUGGAAGCAAUUCAAAAUACAAACAAUCUAUUAGAUGAAAUGCAGUCGAAAGAAUUCGAAUCGAACCAUAUCUUAGAAGAUGCUGAAUAUGGUUCUGCUUCAAGGAAUACAAUCAAAAUGUCGACCGAGAUUGAGGAAGCAACAAAGAUUCUUUCGGCUGACAUUGAAGUGGUGAAUUCUGCGAUGCCAAUCGGAAGUGGCAAUAGAAAAAGUAAUAGGAGAAAAUGUAUACCAAUUAUUAAAGAUGACAUGGAAGAGAAUUCUACAACUUUAAAGGAAGAAAGCAAUAGAAAACAGGAAAAUGUUUCCCGCAUAAGUAAAGAUAGCAGCAACAUAAAUACUUUAACGCCGAGUGAACAUGAUAACAAAAGAAAUGGAGAUACUGUAAAUAGAUUAAAUACAAGGGAUCCUUUUGAAGAUGGUCAUAGAAACACAGACUCUAGGCAGGAUUUUCUAUGCUUAGCAACGCCGCAUCCAAGCAAGCUGGCUGACAACGGCAACUUGGCGUUUGAGACGCCGAAAUGUACGCCGGAGUCGCAAGUAUCCCUGACACAUCUUACAGAGCUCUCGCCUUUGGACACGGCCACAAAAAGUUCCAUAAUAACCCGUCGCAAUCUCUUGUCACUAAACAAGCGACGAAAACUAAGAAAGGAUGUUGAAAAUAUGGAUGCAACACAAACGCCAGCAAGACAACGCUUCAAUCCCAUGAAAACAGCGACUAGCACUCCAAUGCCAAGUCGCCAGGAGCACAGUCAACAGCCCUUAGAGGAUGUACAAUGCUCAAUUCAAAAGGAGCGCAGAUUUUCCCAGGACUCGCCACGUGUGCAAAGGGAGCGUGUGGGCAAGCGACGAAGUGAGGAAGCUCUAUCGCCCAUUUAUGCUCCUACGAAUAAGUCCCGACGUCUUGGUUUAAGCCGCAUUCGCAAUAAAUCCUCAAAUAAUAUUUGAAA